CCCGCCGCUUCCGGCCUCCGCGCCCGCCGCGGGGCCCGCCGGGGCCGGUAGUGCUCGGUAGUGCCCGGGGCCGCCGCCAUGUGCGCGGCCGGGGCCGCCGGCGGUGGGCGGGCAGCGGCCCGGCGGCUCGGCAGGGCCGGGGAGGCGGCCGGAGCGAGCCAGCCAGCCGGCAUCCCGAGGCGCAGCAGCAGGAGGAGGAGGAGGAGUGUCACCAUUGCCUAUGAAUGUGAGGCCGAGCAGGGGACACCGGAGCCCCAGAAGCCACGCUGGGAGCCCAGGGACUGGCGGCAGCAGCUGGAGCGCAUCCGGGAAAUGAGGAAGAACAGGGAUGCUCCCGUUGAUGACAUGGGAGUGCAGAAGUGUUAUGACAGCAGCGCGCCUCCACAGGUCAUGCGCUACCAGGUUCUGCUGUCACUGAUGCUGUCCAGCCAGACCAAGGACCAGGUGACAUGGGCUGCCAUGCUGCGCCUCCGGCAGCGCGGCCUCACCGUCGACAGCAUUUUGCAGAUGGAUGAUGCCACGCUUGGGCAGAUCAUUUAUCCCGUGGGAUUCUGGAGGAACAAGGUGAAGUACAUAAAGCAGACGACAGCCAUCCUGAAGCAGAAGUAUGGGGGAGACAUUCCGAGAAGUGUGGAGGAGCUGGUGCAGCUGCCAGGAGUUGGGCCCAAAAUGGCUCACUUGGCCAUGAACAUCGCCUGGGACAGUGUGUCUGGGAUAGCUGUGGACACCCACGUGCACAGGAUCACAAACAGGCUGCAGUGGGUGAAGAAGGAGACCAAAUACCCUGAGGAGACUCGGGUGGCACUGGAGGAGUGGCUGCCCAGGGAUCUCUGGAGGGAGAUAAACUGGCUCCUGGUGGGCUUUGGCCAGCAGACCUGCCUGCCUGUGAACCCGCGCUGCAGCGAGUGCCUCAAUCAAGACAUUUGCCCAGCUGCUAAGAGACACUGAGGGAUCAUCUGGUCUUUGUAGAGCAACAAAGCUGCUUCUGCUCAGUGGGAGCCCGGAGCUGAGCCCUGGCAAAGCUGUGCUGUGCACGGGGCUGGCUGUGUGACUGCAGGGAAACAGGAGCCUGCUGCAGCCAGCUCAGCAUCGCUGGGGAGCGAGCAGCCGCUGCCAAGGGCUGAGCUCUCGAGAGGAAAAAGGGUCUUUCAGAGCGCAGCAGCCCUGCUGGGUCAGUGCUAAAGGCUCCAGCCCCCUGUGAAUGCCUGAGCCUGCCCCGGCUGUGCUGCAGCAGGAGGAGCUGCAGAGAAAUGCUUUGUCCUGGGGGACUUGCUGCUGCUUUUAAAUACGCAUGUAAUAAAGGUGGCGGGUUGUUUCUACCCA